CAUCCUGAAUAAUCCAAAACUGUAUACCAAAAUUUUUUCACCACAAUCAUUUCAGGCGGCAUCACAGAUCGCACACGAUCUGUUGACCGGAAAGAUUGAAAAUAUUCAUGUGGCUGCUGCCGCACAGGCUGUUCAAUCACAUUAUCAUAAUGGCCAACAACAACAACAGCAACAAACGCAUAUCAUUGACCAGCCGAAUAUUCAUUCGCACCAUCAUCAUCAUCAUCAACAACAACAACAUCAACAGCAACAUCAUUCAAAUGGUCAACCGGUCAUAUUGUUUUCACAACAACAACAACAACAAAAUUCUGAUCUCAAACGUGGACGUGGAAGACCACGUAAAGAAAUGGAAACAACCAAUAAAGAUACAUCAAAUAGUUCCAUAUCAUCAUCAUCAUCAUCAUCGUCAACGACAGCGAUCAAAUCAACAACUAGAACAAGAAAUAACCGUAAUGGUAGCGCAAAAAAACUUUUUCCAUGCGAUUGGCCUGAAUGUGGAAUGUGGUUUUCACAAUCAUCCAAUCUAAAUAAACAUUAUCUAACACAUACAAAUGAAAAACCAUUCAAAUGUUUAUGGCCAAAUUGUAAUAAAAGUUUUAAACAAAGUUCCAAUCUUAAUAAACAUCGUUUUGUACAUACAGGUGAAAAACCAUUUGCAUGUGAUUAUCCUCAAUGUACCAAACGUUUUUCUCAAUCAUCAAAUCUUAAAAAACAUAAAUUAGUUCAUAGUGGUGAAAAACCAUAUAAAUGCGAAUAUCCAGGCUGUACUAAAAUGUUUGAUCAAUCAUCGAAUCUGAAUAAACAUUACCUUACACAUAUGGGACAAAAACCAUAUCAAUGUAAUGAUUGUGGUGAUAAAUUUUCACAAACAUCUAAUCUAGCUAAACAUAUGCGUAAACAUGGCCGUAUUGAUUGUAAUAGUCCAUCAUCAUUAUCCACUACGAUUGUUGAUCAAUCAAAUCAUCAAAUACCAAUGUUUAUGAUGACCGAUAAUAAACGAAAUUCGAAUUCAAUUCAAUCACAACAACAGCAUCAGCAACAGCUAACAGCAAUCACUACCUCGAAUUGUUAUCAUACAAAUGGUCAAAACAAUGUUAAUCAUCAUUAUCAUCAUGUUCAUCUAUUACAUGAUCCAAAUAAUCAACAAUCAAUAACUACCCAUACAUCAUCAUCAUCAUCAGAUCAAUUGGCUGCAACAGCUAUGGCAUUAUUUAGCAAUCAUAAUCAUUCUAAUCAUUCACGAUCAUCAAUUACACCUGUAUUUAUUAGCGAUACGAAUAAAUUUAUAUCUGCAAAUGAUUUUUUGACACCAACAACACGACCAUUGUCUUCAACAGUUGCGGUUACAACAACAGCAGCAGCAGCUUCAAAUUCCAUUUCUACCGCACCAGUCGCUGUAUCAAAUACAAAGACCAAAUCACAAACGAAUCGUAUGAUGAAUUCAUCGAAUUCACCAAAUCUUUCCACUUCAUCUUCACAACCGCAACAACAUCAACAACUUCCAUGUCAAUCAUCAGUGGCAGCUAUAUCGGCUAUUAUCAUUGAAAAUAAAACUACUACCAACAAAUCAAAUGCAACAACAAAAACUUAAUUAUUUUUUUUGCAAAAAAAGACUAAAUUUUUUUUUUUUGAAAAUGACAAAAGU